UCGGCCUUACCUCCACCCUGGAGGGUACCUUGAACAUAACAGGAAAUUUCAAAUAACAGGAAACCAAGACCAGCAAGUCGGGUGGCUCCACCCUGCCUCGGGGCCUCAGUCAGCCCCCGGGGGAGGCCAUGAACGCCACGGGGACCCCGGUGGCCCCCGAGUCCUGCCAACAGCUGGCAGCCGGCGGGCACAGCCGGCUCAUCGUGCUGCACUACAACCACUCGGGCCGGCUGGCCGGGCGCGGGGGGCCGGAGGACGGCGGCCUGGGGGCCCUGCGGGGGCUGUCGGUGGCCGCCAGCUGCCUGGUGGUGCUGGAGAACUUGCUGGUGCUGGCGGCCAUCACCAGCCACAUGCGGUCGCGACGCUGGGUCUACUAUUGCCUGGUGAACAUCACGCUGAGUGACCUGCUCACGGGCGCGGCCUACCUGGCUAACGUGCUGCUGUCGGGGGCCCGCACCUUCCGUCUGGCGCCCGCCCAGUGGUUCCUACGGGAGGGCCUGCUCUUCACCGCCCUGGCCGCCUCCACCUUCAGCCUGCUCUUCACUGCCGGGGAGCGCUUUGCCACCAUGGUGCGGCCGGUGGCCGAGAGCGGGGCCACCAAGACCGGCCGCGUCUACGGCUUCAUCGGCCUCUGCUGGCUGCUGGCCGCGCUGCUGGGGAUGCUGCCUUUGCUGGGCUGGAACUGCCUGUGCACCUUUGACCGCUGCUCCAGCCUUCUGCCCCUCUACUCCAAGCGCUACAUCCUCUUCUGCCUGGUGAUCUUCGCCGGCGUCCUGGCCACCAUCAUGGGCCUCUACGGGGCCAUCUUCCGCCUGGUGCAGGCCAGUGGGCAGAAGGCCCCACGUCCAGCGGCCCGCCGCAAGGCCCGCCGCCUGCUGAAGACGGUGCUGAUGAUCCUGCUGGCCUUCCUGGUGUGCUGGGGCCCGCUCUUCGGGCUGCUGCUGGCCGACGUCUUCGGCUCCAACCUCUGGGCCCAGGAGUACCUGCGGGGCAUGGACUGGAUCCUGGCCCUGGCCGUCCUCAACUCGGCGGUCAACCCCAUCAUCUACUCCUUCCGCAGCAGGGAGGUGUGCAGAGCCGUGCUCAGCUUCCUCUGCUGCGGGUGUCUCCGGCUGGGCAUGCGAGGGCCCGGGGACUGCCUGGCCCGGGCCGUUGAGGCUCACUCCGGAGCUUCCACCACCGACAGCUCUCUGAGGCCGAGGGACAGCUUUCGCGGCUCCCGCUCGCUCAGCUUUCGGAUGCGGGAGCCCCUGUCCAGCAUCUCCAGCGUGCGGAGCAUCUGAGGUUGCAGCCUUGCGUAUGGACGGUGCAGCCACCGGGUGCGUGCCAGGCAGGCCCUCCCGGGGUGCAGAAAGCUGUGUGCACGCAGCCUCGCCUGGAUGGGGAGUGGAGAACGGGACAGGCCCCCGUGGUCUUCCCCGUGGCCUCUCGGGCCUUCUGACGUCAAAUGGGCUUCCCGUGGUCACCCUGGACAAGGAGGCAACCACCCCACCUCCCCGUAGGAGCAGAGAGCGCCCUGAUGUGGGGGCGAGUGGGUUCCCCACACCGCCGCUUCUGUGUGAUUCUGGGGAAGUCCCGGCCCCUCUCUGGGCCUCAGUAGGGCUCCCAGGCUGCAAGGGGUGGACUGUGGGAUGCACGCCCUGGUAACAUUGAAGUUCGUUCAUGGUACGUGAUGUUGCAGCCUCUUAUUCCCCGGUGCGUGCAUGUGUGGGGGCCGUGGCUCAGGGGUGCUGUGGAUCUAGGGGCAGCCAGGUGUGUCUUUGCUAGAGAGGGCCAUGGGCCAGUGCCCUGUGAGGGUGGAGUGUGUGUGUGUGUGUGUGUGUGUGUGUGUGUGUGUGGACAACCUCUGGGCGUUGCGGGAAGUGGGGUGACAAUGACAGUUAAUGCCGCCUCUUCUUGUUCACUUCCCCUUUAGAAAUGGCAGGGCCCGUGCCCCGGCUUUGGCCUCUGCAUCUUUUGGGGACCCAGUAUCUGGGGCUGGCAGAGGCAGCCACCUUGGCUUCCUGGGCUGGGGGAAUCUUCCCUCACAUCCCCUUCAGCAUGAACGGCCUCGGCUUUCCCGGUCGGUAAAAUGGUUUAAUCACUGAAGCCGAAGCACAAGGUUGAUGGUACAUGCUCAGUGCCAGCCACAGGGGCUGACGGCUGCGUGUCCCGUGAAACUCCAGUGGAGACGUUCCGGCUCCACACCAUUCAGUACGGGAGACGCCAGCCCCGUGGGGCUACGGUGCAAGCAGAUAACUGAAUUUCAAAGUGUAGGUUGUGUUUAAUUUGAAUCUGUUUAUAUUUCGGUAGCCCCAUGGAGCGGGUGGCCGCAGUUUCAGUGCAGAUGUAAAUCCGGAAGCCUCCAGCACCUGCAGCUCAUAGACAGCUCUCGCCCACCUCCUCCCAGGACCAAGCCAGUCCCGUCCAGUCCAGUGUCUGGGCAGAGGGAGUCAGAAUCCACUCCACCCGCCGCCUGGGCUCAGGCAGUUCUGCUUUAAGUCAUUAUUUCUCCACUGUACGAUGGGGAAUGUGGUGUGUGGUGGCCGUUUACUCACUAAUACGGCUGCCGUGAGGCACACACGGCUAUCGAAAAUUCAUGGAAAUUGCUGGGCGUGGUGGCUCACGCCUGUAAUCCCAGCACUUUGGGAGGCCAAGGCAGGAGGAUCGCUUGAGUGCAGGAGUUCGAGACCAGCCUGGGCAACAUAGCGAAACCACAUCGCUACAAAAAAAUCCUCCAAAAUUAAAAAAAUUAGCCUGAGCAUGGUGGUGCAUGCUUGUGGUUCCAGCUACUCAAGAGGCUGAGGUGGGAGGAUCACUUGAGCCCAGGAGGUCGAGGCUGCAGGGAGCCGUGAUCGUGCCACUGCCAUCCAGCCUGGGUGACAGAGUGAGACCCUGUCUCUAAAAAAAAAAUUUAAAAAAAAAGAAAGAAAAUUCAUUGAAAUUAAAUGAAAGUUAGGCCAGGCGCAUUGGCUCACGCCUGUAAUCCCAGCACUUUGGGAGGCCGAGGUGGGUGGAUCACGAGGUCAGGAGUUCAAGACCAGCCUGGCCAAGAUGGUGAAACUCCGUCUCUACUAAAAAUACAAAAAAAAAAGCUGGGCAUGGUGGCAGGCGCCUGUAAUCCCAGCUACUCGGGAGGCUGAGGCAGGAGAAUCGCCUGAACUCGGA